GUGGCUAAGGGAAAGGUUGCUGUGUCGACUCUGACUGGAAAUUACAUAACCUUGCAGCAUGACAGAAUCACACACAUCAAACACAGAACGUCAGGGAGGUGGGAGAUCUGGGAAAAGGGGAUUGGAUGCCGGAUCUGGAAAAACAAAGUCACAGGCAAGUCUGUUGAGCCACAGAAACACAAUACACACACGGCACAGCAACAUGGGAGAUCAAAAGAUGAGACGUGAGCUUAAUGGGUUGAAUGAACAAUUCUCUGGAACGAAAGAUUUGAUUCGGAAAUCCCUCGAGGCCAGGAAAUUUGCAUACUGCCCCUACAGCAAGUUCCGAGUCAGGGCGGCACUUCUGACACACAACAGGACGGUUUUCACAGGCUGUAAUGUAGAAAACGCGUGCUUCAACUUGGGAAUCUGUGCUGAGAGAACUGCCAUCUCAAAAGCUGUAUCAGAGGGCUACCGUGAUUUCAAAGCCAUUGCUAUUGCGAGCGAUAUGUGUGAGCACUUCAUUUCCCCCUGUGGUGGCUGCAGGCAAUUCAUGCGAGAGGAAAGUUUAAUUUACCACAGUAUUUCAUAUCAAUUAAACAAGCAGCAUUCUCAGGUCUCAUUAAACAUGUUAUUUUUGUUUUCACCUAUACAGUUCGGUGCAAACUGGGAUGUGUAUUUGUCAAAACCUGACGGUUCCUAUGUGGAGAUGACUGUCGAAGAACUGCUGCCUGCAUCUUUUGGUCCAGAAGACUUAGAAAUGAAGAAAGUGAAUAUUCGGAACGAGUUCUGAAGCACUGACUCUAGAAAUACUUUGUACCUGAUAGUUUUGGUAGCUUGUAGAUAGAAAAAGGUUUGUGUGGAUUAAUGGCGUUGUUUAAUAAAGUUUCUUAAGGAAUGUCGUAUGUAAAUAUGUAAAUUAUGUUAAAAAAAGAUUUGAAUUGUUAUUAUUUUUGAAUAAA